AUGGCUACUCCUCCUGCUGCUGGGCUUUACCCACCAAUCCCAACCUUCUUCAAGAAAGACAACUGGACCCUUGAUCUUGACACACAGAUCGCUCACAUCAAAUUCCUCCACGAAAAUGGUAUUCCAGGGGCCACAGUCAACGGGUCCACUGGAGAAAACGCCCAUUUGACCAGAGAAGAACGUGUCAAGAUCAUUUCAGAAAUCAGAAAAGCCGUUCCUUCCUUUACCAUCAUUGCCGGGGUAUGUGAACAUAGCAUAGAUGGCGCGGUGGCAGAAAUUGCUGCUGCCAAGCAAGCCGGGGCCAAUUUUGCCCUCGUGGUGUGCUCAAGUUAUUUUGGUGGUAUCACCUCCCAACAAGGUAUUUAUAACUGGUACUCCAAGCUUGCUGAUCAAGCCACGUUGCCAAUCAUGAUCUACCUUUUUCCGGGGGUGUCUAAUGGAAUCGUUAUUCAAGCUGACACUUUUGAAAAAUUGGCUGCUCAUCCAAACAUUGUCGGGGCCAAAUUCACUUAUACCGACUUAUCACUUUUCGUUAAGGUCAACUUGAACCCAAAGGUCCAAGCCUCCAACUUCACUGUGUUCCCAGGCUUCGCUAACUUCUUGUUGCCAGCAUUCUCCGUCAAAUCCGGUGGGCUCAUUGAUGGGUUAGGCAAUGCAUUCCCAAAGGCUAUCAACCAAUUACUCGAAUACGGUUUGAAAGGUGAUUUUGGUAAAGAAGCUCAAGAAUUACAAUAUAAAGUUGCCUUGGCUGAGCAGAUCUGUGUCGAUGGCGGGGUGCCAGCCACCAAAGCAUUGAUCAAGCACUUCACUGGGUUUGGUGAAACCCUUUGUGGUAGAGCACCAUUGGAUGUUGAAUACUCGACUGAUUUGUUUGCUGCUAAGUAUUUGACCGAUAUUGAACCUUUGGCUUCUGUGGAAAAAGCUUUGUAA